AUGAUUGCACCUCCUGUUACACCUGUUCCCCCACCCCCUGGCUUCUCAGAGAAUACACCUUCAGUUUCUAGCAAGCCUACAGUCCAUCCCCCACCUCUCCUGCAACAAGAUGCAACGUACCAAGCGUUUCGCCAAUGGAGACUCCGUUUUGAGGAUUAUGCGGCAUUAAGACGAAGAGUUAAUACAACGCCUUAUCCCCUCCAACCCUCAUCUACCCUCGCAGAGUUCGUGACAUGCUGCCGCUCCUACGAAUCUACACGUGCGACUGCAUCAGCCAUUGCAUCUUCCCCUAGUCAGGUCAAUGCAGUAUCUACAUACAAGAAGAACCAGCGUCUACAGAAGAGGACUUCUCAUCGAUCUCCUGACCAACGUUCUCACCAGUCUCCUAACAGUGACCUUUGUCAAUAUUGCUCUCGCAAGCACGAUUCCGGACAAUGCCCAGCCACGGGUGCAUCGUGCAAUAACUGCGGACGCACGGGUCAUUGGCCCCGCACUCAGAAAUGCCCUGCUAAGGAAGCUCAGUGCAAGACCUGCCAGAAACAGGGACAUUUUGAGAAGAUGUGCAGGUCGACCAAGAAAAGUCAGACUGGGUACACCAGCUUUUACCUCCUCCUAAUAAGUCAAAUCCCAGCUGCUGUUUUGUGGGAUGCUUUCCAGGCAACACUUCGUCUUGGCAACAAGUCUUGCUCAGCAACCAUACAUGUUCAUGAGGAUAUCCAGACUCCCCUCCUCUCCCGUGAACAUUGCCGAGCUCUCGCCAUAGUGUCGCUGGAAUUCCCGAAGCCCAUCCUCAAGGUAACACAUGUCAACAGAUGCGCUCAGUUUCCUGCCUCUGCCAUGACGUCACCUGCAGCUAUUAAGGACUAUUUUCUUCAGCACUUCAGCGACGUCCUCAUAUCUAAGAAGGAUCUACAAACCCAGCCACUAAAGAAAAUGGCAGGCCCUCCAAUGAGGAUUCACCUGAAACCUGGUGCUACACCAUUCGCUGUGCAUACACCCAGGCCCCCAUUUCCGGUUUUUGGCUCUACCAGAGAUCAAGUGAAAGAAGAACUUGACUCUCCUUGGUGCAACAAGGAAUCAUCAGACCAGCAGGCGACGAACCCUCUGAAUUGGUGCCAUCCCAUGGUCUUGGUAGCCCGCCCUACACACCCUUCACUUACACCCCAUGGACGCCGUCCGCAACAUCUCUCCUACUGCGAAGUACUUCACCACAGCGGAUGCCCUGCAUGGCUAUGGCAAAUGGAGUUGGCAGAAGAGGACCGCCACCUGACUACAUUUAUAACUCCGUAUGGAAGGUUCCAGCACUGUCGCGGCCCGAUGGAUUUUCAGCAACAGGUGAUGCAUACUGCCUCCGUGGAGAUAUGGCACUACAAGGUGUUCCCCAACUGUGUGAAGGUUGUAGAUGACAUCCUCCUUUCCGACGAGGAUCUCCCUUCCCACCUACAACACGUGCACCAAAUGCUGACCAGAUGCCGUCAGUAUGGCAUCACCCUCAACAAGGAAAAAUUUACUGUAGCCGCCCCUAAAGUUAACUUUUGCGGUUAUGUCUUAUCAUCCGAUGGUAUUGCAGCAGACCCUGACAAGGUAUCAGCUAUACGCGACUUCCCUACACCGUCCAAUGUCACAGACGUCAGGUCGUUUAUGGGUCUCGUCAAUCAACUUGCCGACUUCACUCCAGACAUCGCAGCAGCAGCACAGCCCCUACGUCCACUUAUGAGCCCCAAACGCUCAUUCGUCUGGACGCCCGACCAUGAGCGAGCAUUUAAGAAAGUCAAGACAGCUCUGACUUCACCACCUGUCCUGGCACCCUUCAAUCCUGCCUCGCCUGUGGUUCUACAAAACAGAUGCCUCACGCCUAUACGGUCUCGGCUAUGCCCUACUUCAAGAUAA